AAAUCCAAGAGCAGUUUAGUUGCAAACAAGUAAUCUCAAGCAGUACGUCUUCAUUCCUGUCCGUACGUAGCUCCACUACACCUCGACCGAUCGAUCUCGUCGGCCGCAAUGGCGGUCCGCGGCGGCGCCGUCGCCGUCCUGCUGGUGGUGGCGCUAGCGCUGUCGUGUGACGCAGCCUCGGCGCAGUUCCUGAGGAAAAAGCCCAAGCAGCCACCCCAGACGUCGAAGCCGGGGAACCCCAAGCAGUUGCCUCCCAAAGGCAAGUACACCACCAUCACCGCCAACAAGUACCACAAGCGCGACUACGAGAUCACCUGCACCACCGACUAUGGCGCCGCCUGCUACGUCAAGUGCCCCGCCCGCUGCCCCAACAAGUGCCUCGCCUACUGCGCCUACUGCCUCACCUUCUGCCUGUGUGACCUGAUGCCGGGCACCUCGUGCGGCGACCCGCGCUUCACCGGCGCGGACGGCAACACCUUCUACUUCCACGGCAAGAAGGAGGAGAGCUUCUGCCUCGUCACCGACGACCAGCUCCACAUCAACGCGCGCUUCAUGGGCAACCACAACGCCGAGUCCGGCCGCGACUUCACCUGGGUGCAGGCGCUCGGCGUCACCUUCGGCGGCGGCCGCCACAGGCUCUACGUCGGCGCCCGCCGCGCCGCCGAGUGGGACGAGGACGAGGACCACGUCGUCGUGGCCCUCGACGGCGAGCCCGUCGACCUCGAGCCCGCCGAGAACGCGCGCUGGGUCUCCAAGGCCGUGCGCGGGCUGUCGGUCACACGAACCGGCACUGCCGCCAACGCCGUCACCGUCGAGCUCGCCGGCGUCUUCAUCAUCUCCGCCAACGCCGUGCCCAUCACCGACGAGGACUCCCGCGUCCACAGCUACGGCAAGACGGAGAGGGACACCCUCGUGCACCUCGACGUCGGGUACAAGUUCCACGGACUCACCGGCGGCGUCGACGGCGUGCUCGGCCAGACUUACCGCCCGGACUACGUCAACAAGCUCGACAUCGCCGCCAAGAUGCCCGUCAUGGGCGGCGAGGACAAGUACCGCUCGUCGGGACUCUUCGCCACCGACUGCGCCGUCUCACGGUUCCAGCGCGCCGCCGGCGACGGCUUCACCUCCUUCGCCUCGUAAAUGGCGGCACAGAGGCGCAUCCUGCUGAUCCGUGCCAUGCAAUAAGUCAACAUCCGCCAACGUACGUCGAGUCAUCUAAACGUAACAAAAAGUCUCGUGUAUUGAUAGAUUUGUUUUUGUGAUGAAAACUUAACAUAUAUGAUGCAAAAUGAAACUAUAUAUAUUGUUCGAUUUGUAAUCUGGCUGACGAAUAAAUUGUGUCUGCGUUAACUA